GUUUCCUUUGUGUUUCUUUUUCUUAUAGAAAAAGAUGGCAAAGCUUUUCAUCCAACUUAUGAAGAAAAACUGAAGCUUGUGGCACUGCAUAAGCAGAUUCUAAUGGGGCCAUAUAAUCCAGACACUUGUCCUGAGGUUGGAUUCUUUGAUGUGUUGGGGAAUGACAGGAGGAGAGAAUGGGCAGCCCUGGGAAACAUGUCUAAAGAGGAUGCUAUGGUAGAGUUUGUCAAGCUCCUCAAUAGGUGUUGCCAUCUGUUUUCAACAUAUGUUGCAUCCCACAAAAUAGAGAAGGAAGAGCAAGAAAAAAAAAGGAAGGAGGAGGAGGAGCGAAGGCGGCGUGAAGAGGAAGAAAGAGAACGUCUGCAAAAGGAGGAAGAGAAACGGAGGAGGGAAGAAGAAGGAAGGAUGAGACGGGAGGAGGAGGAAAGGAGGCGGCUGGAGGAAGAGAGGCUUCGGUCAGAGCAGCAGAAGCAGCAGAUAAUGGCAGCUUUAAACUCCCAGACUGCCGUGCAGUUCCAGCAGUACGCAGCCCAGCAGUACCCAGGGAACUACGAACAGCAGCAGAUUCUCAUCCGCCAGUUACAGGAGCAGCACUAUCAACAGUAUAUGCAGCAGUUGUACCAAGUCCAGCUCGCACAGCAACAGGCAGCAUUACAGAAACAACAGGAAGUGGCAGUAGCUGGGGCUUCAUUGCCUACAUCCGCAAAAGCGAAUGCAGCUGUACCAAGUGAUAUGAUGUCAGUUAAUGGACAGGCCAAAACCCACACUGACAACUCUGAAAAAGAACUUGAACCAGAAGCUGCAGAAGAAGUCCUGGAGAAUGGACCAAAAGAAUCUCUUCCAGUAGUAGCAGCUCCUUCCAUGUGGACACGACCCCAGAUCAAAGACUUUAAAGAGAAGAUUCGGCAGGACGCAGAUUCUGUGAUUACAGUGGGCCGAGGAGAAGUGGUGACUGUUCGAGUACCCACCCACGAAGAAGGAUCGUAUCUCUUUUGGGAAUUUGCUACAGACAAUUACGACAUUGGGUUUGGGGUAUAUUUUGAAUGGACAGACUCUCCAAACACUGCUGUCAGCGUGCAUGUCAGUGAGUCCAGCGAUGACGAGGAGGAGGAGGAAGAAAACAUUAGUUGUGAAGAGAAAGCCAAAAAGAAUGCCAACAAGCCUCUGCUGGACGAGAUUGUGCCUGUGUACCGACGGGACUGUCAUGAGGAAGUGUAUGCCGGCAGCCACCAAUACCCAGGGAGAGGGGUCUACCUCCUCAAGUUUGACAACUCCUACUCUUUGUGGAGGUCCAAAUCAGUCUACUACAGAGUCUAUUAUACUAGAUAAAGAUGUUACUACAGAGUCUGGAGUCUAGGGUUGGGCAAAAGAUGGCAUUUAUUUUGGAAAUUUGUUUUGACUUGAGCAUUGAGUCAGUGUUUACCCUAUUGAUUUUGGUCUCAUGGUUUGCGAACUCUUGUUGGGAAUCAGGAUUUCCUUGAGACUUUAGCAUUGAUACUUUAGGGUUAAAGGAAUUCCUCAGACUCAUCCAGCCCUUGGGAGCUGACCAGCAGAGUCACUAGUGGAUGCUGAAGUUACAUGAGCUACGUGUUAAAUCUUUAAAGUCUCCGAAAUAAAACAUCCCAACGUUGACCCCACCUAGCUGAUGGUUAGUCCAUUGCUGCCUGCUCCAUGUGUUUUAUGAGAGGCCAUAGUUAACAGUGCCGUCUAAUUUGAAAUCAUUAUGUUAAUAGUCUACAUUGAGGUAUAGGUGACUUUGAUUGAAGAUCACCAUUUUUUUAAACUUAAAAACUUAAGACCUCACAGAUGAUAGGAAGAAAAAUUGCCUCAACUCACUCUUGUUGUGAGUGACCCAGAUUGUGUUUUGCUUUGGAUACAGCUGUUAUGUUUGCUUUGGGUUCAGAGUUCUAUUACAGAGAGUUAUUUUCUGAGAUAAUCUUAAAAUAGAAUGUUCAGACCUGUUUGCUGAUUGAAGUGUCAAGAUGCAUAGAACACCUCUCAAGCAUUCAUCCAAGCAAGCCUCCACACACUCUUGGUCCUUUUCACUGGGUAUUUACACUACGAGUAGCAAAGCAAAAUUAACUCGUUUUUGUCUUGAUUUGGCUUUAUGGAGAAAGCAUCUCAAAUUGAAACUGUUUUCUACACAAGCAUAUAGUUAGGAAUUUUAUAAACUCAAAUUUCCACCUACUAAUUCAGUGUACGAGGAAUAACAUUGCACUAACAUGGAAAUCACUGCCAGAGACGGUCCAUUUUUAAUUUGUUACUACUUAGAUACAAACCCUACAUGACUCCAGUUUGGAAUUACUAGAGAGAAUUGGAAAUGUAUAUGCCCAUGCUUAAAUUUUUUAUAGCUUUAACCUCUAUUAUGUCUUUAUCGAUGGAAAGAGGUACAUCUUUGUUUUCUUUACUGGAAACAAAUAUGGGUUAAUUGCCUCAAAUAUGUAUAAGUGAUUGACUAGUCUAGAAAUUGGUGUUUUCAGAAGGGAGGGUAGUACAGAUAGAAAAUGACAAAGAUGGCAAUAUACAUGUAAUGUUACUAUAUGUUGUUACUGAAAUACUUAGAUUUUUAAAAUUUCAAAUCAUAAAUCACUUCUCGUAGGAGGGUUUCCACUGAUUAGCUGCAGUAUAUACAGUUCACUACAUAAGGAAGGGGCUGUUUGUUUUUGUGUGCUGCAAUUUUUUUUUUAAAUACCUGGUUUUGUAUAUACCUAACUCUGUUCUCUUUUGUUGUUCAGAAACUGGAUUAUUUUUUCCUAAGCAGUGCUUAUUUGUGUUUUUUAAUUUUGAUUUGGUAGUCCUAGCUCACAGGUGUCCAUCCUGUUACAUCCAGAACACGUGUCAGGCUGUCUGUCAGCUUCAUGUAUAUAUAUGGCAUAGAAACCACGGGACUAGGCACUUCCUGGUUUGUUUGUUUUUUUAUUGGAAAAUACUGUAUUUAAAAUGUAAAAUAAACUUUUAAAAAGCAGGCACUAAUAUAUAUUUCUUUCAGCCUUUGAUUACAGAUUUGUCCUUGUACAUGUUAAGAUGAAUUUUCUUCUAAAAAUAUUGUUCUUGGGAGCAGUGUCUGUUACUCUACAUAGUGGUUCCUAUCACAUGUUCACGUUGGAACAUUUUUGGUUUUAAACUUUUUUUUUUUUUUUUUUUGCCUUUAGCUGUUGAUUAGUUAAAUUCAAGUGCGAUUUCAAAGAGAUCUUGAAAAUAAUAUAUUUAAUCAAUUAAAAUGUUUAUCUGUAA